AUGGCAUCUACAGCAGACGAGAGCAGCAUCGACAGCGGACAGGGGCCUGAGCCGGCUACUGCUACUGAUACAUCCCUACAACUUAUCAAAGGCAUGCCUCUGCCCUCAGAGAUCGUCGCCAUGAUUCUCAAGCUCCUCACACCAGUAGAUCUCGCCGCCUUGUCGUGUGUGUGCCGGGCACUGCAUCUCCAUGCAAUGUCCGACCGCCUGUGGCGUAUCCUUGUGCAGAAGAACGUACCAGGAAUGGAGGUGACCUCACCAGGACCCUUCGGCAGCUUCCGCGAGCUUUACAUUGCCCACUUUCCCUACUGGUUCAUUCCACAGAAGAAGGUCUGGAUCGGCGGCGACUACAUAGUGGGUACUAUACUCAUUGCUCGCUAUGAGCCCGAAAAAGCACGCAUUGAAGGCUACCAGCUGUUGUCCAGACCCUGGAUCAGUACCCCCGAGCCAGGGAACGCCGGUGCGUUUUCCAAUCUGUACGACCCGACGAAUUUAGAGCUGUUUGUCGAGCAGCCGAAGAUCAUGUUGGACGCCAAUGAUCGCCCCCCCCGGCGUGGAAGUCUCAGCAAUAUCCCCAUGGCGGUCCAGGGCUGGUCCGAUCCCGCAGGUAAUGCAGGCCUGUUACGCAGAAAACUCAUCUUCGCCACACCCAUGACUGUUGAAGAUGAGCUGGGCUUUAGUGGCAGCCCCUGCAUGGCGCCGCCAUUCAACAUCCCAGCACCACACCGGGUCUUGUGUGAGCAGCAACUCAUUGAUGGACUCCGCAGGGAAAACACGUCAAUGUACAAUGAUAGCGACGACGACGAAGACGACUACGGCUUAGAAGUCAGCUGCCGGCCGUUCCGGCGUGCCCAUCUCAGCAAACAAGCCUUUCACAUUCCGCAGUACCACCGCUUUAUCAACAAUGUGGACACGUAUGCUACCAUCGAAUCGGUGUAUUACACUCCCACGGCCGACAAGCCGUUCCAGGGCAUCUUCAUCGCGGACUACGGCGGGCACGGCUACGAGCUUGUACUAAUUCACCAGCCCGACGAUCACGUCAAAUCGAUUGAUGAAGAUACCGUCGUGGAUCGACAGCUCGACGGCGAGACAGAGGCUGAGUACAAAGAGCGACGCAACGCCCGCAUUUACCGCGGUAGCCUAGAGGCCAUCAAGCUGACCGGCGACAUCAACGUGCCUCGCGGAGAGAUCACCUUCGUAGCCAACGAUCUCAGCGCGACGGACAAUAGCGGCACCGACAUUGGUAUUGCAGAAGCUGUAGUACCCGCGGGUGUGCGAAGGAUCUGCUGUAAGGGCCAAAUCGCUGAUCACGGAUACAAAAACCAUCGGUUCAUAGACUGUCGCCUGUUUCCGAUCACGCCCGACUGUCUGGCGCUGUACUGGAUUCCCUUCAACCACGUCAUGUUUUACAAACGAGUGGAUAUUGAUGCCUUCACUAGGCCCGCCAUGGCCGCCUCCACGGGUGCCGACGGCUUUCUGCUGCGCGUCACCGCCGGCACGUCGUACGACCGGGCGACGCACGUCGAGGUGCCGGUAAACGAGCCGCGGCCGGUGCGGCUGCAGGGUGCCUCAGCCGAUAUUUCUCUCUGCGUGCGCAUCCACGGCUACGACCGGGGACUGCCGCGGGCGUCACCGCCGACGAGCGCGUACUUUGCAGCGGCGCCACACGCAGCCAACGGGGACACGUACAGCAUCGGGUUGGCCUUUACGCCGAGGGCUGGCGAAGCGGGCGAAAACGAGAAAGAUGCAAAAGACGGAAAAGACGGAAAAACGGCCGGCAUCUCCGGCCACGACCUCCUCUGGGGCAACGACUUUGACCACUCGAUCCGCGACCACCUGCCGCCCGGCUUCAACACGGCCCUGCGCAUUAUGCGCUGGUGGAUCGACCCCGGCAUUGACGGCGACGCCUAUGCCGACAAGCCAUACCUGUACGGACCCGCACUCAGCUCAUUCAACCGCGUGCACGUGGGCGGUCCAGACGACGUGCACGACCCGCACGACGAUCGCGGCUUCUGGUUCGAGGAGGGCGGCGACGCUGCCGGCCUGGCCAUGCGCGCGGCUGCCGGAUGUCCCCCCGACGAUCCGGCCGCCCGCCAGAAGUGGGCGCUCACCGAUGCGGCCAAGUCCAGCUGGGUCUGGGCGCAUGACCAGACGUACGGGCUCGACUUCUUCAACGCCUACCUCGAUUUCCGCGAACUCGCCCUGCGGCUGCCUGGGUUCCAUCUGCCCGUGAUGAAAUACUGGGACGGCCAGAGUCUCCGGUACGUCUUGCGCAACCGCACUACCGAGGAGGUCUACCUGGUGGUGGAGAUCACGCUUUUGCGCCAGGAGGACGUCGACGAGGACGGCACCGUCAGUCCUGAAGUCUUGGCCAAACAGCACUCCAAGACAGCGCCCAAGAGAGAUGACGGAACAAGUGCAUCUUCGGACGAGACCGCCUUUGACGAAGAUAAAGCCCUGGACGAGGCAAGGAGAAAGCUGUCUGUCGGAAAAGGACACGAGAACGAAACGGAGAGUGCGGUCGAAACCAGUCUAGACGAUGUGGAAUGA